CAGAAUAGUGAGUUGGUUCCUCGACUAAAGUCACCAACUCUCUACCUUCAAUCAAGGAUACUCUAUUAACCUAGGCAUAUAUUCUCAUUCUAGGUUAAAGCAGAAACAACAGGAAUUUGAUCAGGAUUCAAGUCAUUCAAUCAUUAAAACCUCAAUCGAAUAUAAUCAAUCACAGAAUCAGUACUUGGGUUCAUACAAUCAAAGCCUAACAUACAAAUCUAGGGUUCUCCAUACCCAGAUGAAUGGGAGAACUACUCCAUAGAGAAGAAAACAAAAGCAGAAUCAGACACGGAAUUCAUACUGCGAAGGAUGGAUUCCUGCUUCUGGACGUUGAUCGGCACUUCUCCAAGCUCAAGCUGGCCUCCAAUGGUGUUGAAGAUCAAUCUAGGGCACUUGGGAACUCUUGAUCGUCACUUUCUCUCUCUAGGAAUCGCUCUCUUUCUCAAAAACCCGAAUCCUCUCGAAUUGUGGCUGAAAUUCUGCUUAAAAGGAGAAAAUCCCGACUCACACGGCCAGGGUGGCACGGCCGUGCAGCUCACCCAGUUGCCCGUGUGAGUCAAAACGCAUCGUUUCAUUUAGUUCGAAUUCCAGGCUCUUUGCACGGCCAGAAUGGCACGGCCGUGUGGACAUCCCCUCUUGCCCGUGUUUGCUCUCGCAGAAUGUGGCACGGCCAACCCGGCCACUAGCACGGCCGUGUCGAUCCUCUGCUCUGCCCGUGUCUGCUCUCGGCGAAACUCGCACGGCCAGGCCAUUCCUUCACACGGCCGUGUGAACAUCAGGGCAGCCCGUGUGACCUCCUUUGCGACUUGCCUCGCGCCCGAACUUCGCCCAAUCGACCCCGAACUCGCUCCUAAACCUUCAUUCACUUGCCAAGACCUGAAAUAUCACAAACAAGCACAACCUAGCGUGAAAUCGGUCUAAAACACGAGAAACCACCUCUCAAACGGUGUAAGAAUAGGGGUGAAAACAUGUGUAACUAACGGUCUAUCACCUCUAGUAGCUCUGGCUAAUUGGUAGUUGACUAUUAGUUGAGAGUUUCUUUUGCUUGUUGGUUUAACUCAGGGAGAGUUUUUUGGUACUGUUGGAUUGUUUGCUGGAUUGUUUGCUCUCAGGGAGAGUUUUGACUGUUGUUUGAUGACUUGAGUUUGGUCCUGUUUAUUCCCUAUCUUUCUGCUUCCUGCCUUGGUUGUUGCUUUCUGAUUGUUUUUGCAGGUUCUCAAGCAAUCGACAAUAUCAGACUUAGGGAGAGAUUGUUGAAAUGGUAAGUCUGAUAUCGUCAAUCUCUCUAGACCGUUGCAGGCUGCUCAAAAGGGGAAAGUGCUCAUUCUGCGAAUCUGAUUGAUUCUCCUCCAACGGCUAGCUCUGCUCUUUAUAAGCUUUGGUUCUUCCAGGAGUAAUAGCACUUUUGUGUGGGAAAAAGCUAGAGGUAUAGGUCUGUGCUUUGAGUUACAAAAGGGUUGACAGUGUAGGGGUAAAGGUUCUAUACUGUGGUGGCUGAACUGGAUCGGGUAGUGAUUCAGGGGUUUUUCGAUUUUUUCUUCUUUCAUAAUAGUCUACUGUAAUUGUGUCAUUUCGAUUCAUAAAACUAAAUAGAGUCUCCUGGGGUCUGUGAUCCUGGGACGAGGAAGUAGCCAUUGCACAAGGGUGAACCUCAUUAAAAAGAUCGUGUGUACUUCCUCUCCCUUUACUCUGUUCUUCUUCCUUGCUGCUGAUUCAUUCUGUAAAUCGUGUUCUUCAGAGAAGAACUAAGCUGACCUGGGUCAGAGGAUUAAGGCCUGAGUUGGACUCAAGUCCAUAUUCUGAUUUCAUAUACCUUUGGGCCCAUUUAACUGUUUUGAGCCCACCCGAGGGUUGAAGUUGAGAGUUCAGCAAUUGACCUCUCAAAUCUGUGUCUUCAACCCUUCCCUGCUCGAACCAAAAUCCCCAAUUUCUCUGUUCGUCAUUUUCUUGCUAUACCCUAACCUGAUUUCACACUCUACUAUCCACUCUGUUAUACAAAGCUACAGGGAAUCCAUCUUUACAUCUCAAAAUAACUUCAAGGCCACUAUAAUGCUCUCUAUGGGUUGUUUGGAUGAGGGAUUGUGUUGCAGGAUUUGUCCACAAUCCUUCACCUUCCCGGAUUUGGUCACAAUCCUACGUUUGGAAAUGCUAAAAAAAAUGAGAUUUUAAUCAUGAGAGAUUUCGAAAACCUGCAAAUGUAGGAUUUGAAAAUAGCUGAUGGGGAUCAACUAUUUCAAAAUCCCUCACUAUUCUAUUUUUUCUUCCAACUAUUACCCCUUUCUGCCCGCUUCUUCUUCUAUCGUCACCACACCACCGCCGACCUUCUUCCUCAACUCCUCCUGCCACAACUCUUCUUCCCCUAAGCCGGCCGGCAAACCCAGAACCCAAGAAGAUCCCCACUGCAAUCAACCUAGGCGAACCCAAGCACCCAUCAUCUCAACCGCCAUUGAUGAACCCAUCCCAAUCUGGGUUUUUAGGGUUUCAGUUUCUGGGGUUUGGGAUUCUGAUUCUUCAUGGGUUUGGGGUUUCAAUUUCUGGGCUUUGGGGAUUUAUUCGUGUUGGGUUUUGAUUUUGUGUCGGCCACAGGUUGUUCGAUUUUCAUAUUAGUGCUUGCUGUAGUUUGUGCUUGCUUAUUGAGGAAGAAGACUGCGGCAGAGAGGCAUAAGAAUGGCAACGAAGGAGAAGCAUAAGAAUGACAGGGAUUUUUUUGUAAUUAUGAUUAUCACUUACAAAUACCUCAUUCACAUCCAAACAAGAAAUUUUAAUCAAAUAACUAAUUUAAA